UGGGCUCCGCGCUACGACGUAGUUAGUGCCCAGCUAGUGCCAUAAUUUAGGCCGGCCGUGCUAGGUUGGGUCGGACGCCAAAGAUGUGGCGCGGCGUUGCGGAUACCGUCUUCUUACCAGCCCAAUGGUCGUCAAGUAGCCUAGACAAUCAUUCGCACUUCCACAUAGGGCACCUCAGCAUCCGAACAAAUUCGAGAUCUCCUCCAUUCUCUUUCUGUGUCACAAGUGGCACUGAGCUUACCGUCGUCCCCCUCGCCGUCGCACGCCGACACUGCCUCAUAGAUAUCUUGUCGCCAUGGUGGUCGACACUGCGUAUUAUGACGUUCUCGGCGUUUCGCCAACGGCUACAGAGCUCGAGAUCAAGAAGGCCUACCGAAAACUUGCUAUCAUCCACCAUCCCGACAAGAACCCAAACGACCCCAACGCACACUCGAAGUUCCAGGCUAUUGGCGAGGCCUACCAGGUGCUGUCGGACACUGAUCUGCGGAAGGCCUACGACAAGUAUGGUAAAGAGUCGGCUCGCCCUACGGAGGGCUUCGUCGACCCUGCCGAAUUCUUCACGAGCAUCUUUGGCGGCGAUGCGUUUGUUGACUGGAUUGGCGAGAUCAGCUUGAUGAAGGACCUGACGGCUACGAUGGACAUCACCAUGACCGGGGAAGGGGAAGAGGGCGCGGCUGAGGCUGCUGAAGGAGUUGCCGGACCGUCCACCACCGCCGCCGUUACUGGAGACAAUGAGUUCCCGGGGACCGAAGAUGCCAUUAAAGAGAGCCUAAAGACGGCCGCAGGCGCAGCGCCGCCGAGUGCAAAGCCCCCAGCGGUCGUAGUCGAGGACGACGUGACCCCCGGAGGAGUUUCUAACGCGCCGCCAACUUCGCCGCCGGUUGGUUCUGCAAAGAUUCCGUCGCCGUCCCCAUCACCCUCGCCAGUACCUGGAUCUGGAACUUCAACCCCGCGGGGCCGCACUCAGAUUCCAAUCCGACCGGCCCUCAUGGCAGCGUCUAAUGAGAUUACCUCUGACGAUGCAGCAUCAUCGGAUUUGAAGCGCAAGGACAAAAAGUCAAAAUCGGGCUUGACUAAGGAGCAGCGCGAGCAGCUCCUCGCAUACGAGAAGGAGCGCGCCCGUGUGCGGCAGGAACGUGUUGACACCCUCGCCCGGAAACUACUAGAUCGCAUUUCGGUGUGGACAGAGACGGACAAGGGCGCUGACGUCACCAGAGCUUUCCAAGAAAAGACGCGCCUUGAAGUUGAGGAUCUCAAGAUGGAAUCCUUUGGACUUGACAUUCUGCACGCUAUCGGUGCAACCUACGUAAGCAAGGCUACGGUGGUGUUGCGAAGCCAAAAGUUCUUUGGUAUGGGUGGCUUCUUUAGCAAAGUGAAGGACAAGGGCACGCUGGUCAAGGACACAUGGAAUACCAUUAGCAGCGCUAUUGACGCCCAGCAGACGAUGGAGGAAAUGGCGCGUAUGGAGCAGCAGGGUGGAGAGGAUUGGACCGACGAGAAGAAAGUAGAGUACGAGAGACGCGUCACAGGGAAGAUCUUGACCGCCGCAUGGAGAGGCAGCAAGUUUGAGAUCCAGAGCGUGUUGCGGGACGUCUGCGACGCGGUACUUAACGAAAAGAAGGUACCGCUUUCCAAGAGACUAGAAAGAGCGGAAGCUCUGGUCUUGAUCGGAGACAUCUGCUCAAGGGUAAAUAUUUUCGUGAUCACAGAUACAAAGUACAACCGCGGACCGUCGAGCUAACAGACAAAUUGCAGGCUGUGCGCACCCCCGAAGAAG